CGACCUUUCCUACAGCGCCUUCGAGGUACGGAGCCACUCGUCAGCACAGCGAUUUGAUGCCCUCACAAUCGCCCUAAAGAGCCAGCUGGGGUCCUGGGACAGACACAGGCGCGAUGUGGACAACGUCGACACCCCCGGGCCCUCAGGGACUUGCUGCUGAAGCGGCUGGGUGGGGCAAAAUAGCAAAGGGCCCCUUAAAGGCUACAAAAAGCAAGCUGAUGGCGGAGGGAUUGGCAUGGAACACGACGGGAACGGAGGCUCGAGGGAAGAGGCCACUGAGGUGAAGAGUCAUGAAAAACACUCGAUGGAAAAGGGCAUAGCGGGGGGAAGUGCCGCAGCAGGAAGAAGAACUGAAAUCUGGGGACCCAGAGGAUGAUGCGGGACGGGGAAAGUCUUUGCUCAGGGGUGCCUCGUUUUGCUGGGGGAUCUUUCUACUACCUGCAGAGUCAAGCCAUGUGGAAGAUGGAACUGGUGUUCCUGGCCCAAGGCGAGGACGAUGCCAACAUCUUCACCCCCGAGCGUCUGCGCACCAUCCACCAGGUGGAGCGCCUGGUUGUGCAGCACCCCCAUUUUCGGCAAUUCUGUUGGAGGCCCCUGGAGAUCCUGAGGGACCUCCCCCUGGGUCCCUCCUACUGCUCGCCCCCCAGCUCCCUCCUCUCCUACCUUUUCCCCAGCGAACGAGGGGGCAAGAUUUACUAUGAUGGCAUGGGACCAGACCUGGCCAAUAUCAGCGGUGCCCUGAGCUUGGCCAUCACCCACCCACAGUUCUACUGGUACGUGGAUGAGAGCCUGACGCCCAGCCGCCUGCGCAGCAGCCUGCUCCGCAGUGAGAUCCACUUCGGCGCCCCUUUGCCCUCUUUCUUCUCCCUGCAGGACCGGCUGGACGAGCAGAAGCGACGCUUCCGCAGUUUUGUGGUGCAGUACGCCGACAUCCUCGCCCGUCAGUCCACCAGCCAGGUAAAGGUGCUAUACGGGGGUACGGAGCUGUUUGACGACGAGGUCAGGCGUACCUUCCACAAUGACAUGCUGUUGGCGCUGGUUAGCGGGGUCUGCAUCGCCGCUCUGGUUUACAUCCUGACCUCCUUCUCAGCGUUCUUGACGCUUUUUGGCCUGGCCAGCAUCGGCCUCAGCUGCCUCCUGGCCCUCUUCCUGUACCAUGUGGCAUUUGGUGUCCGCUACCUGGGUAUCCUCAAUGGUGUUGCGGCAUUUGUCAUCGUUGGCAUCGGAGUAGAUGACGUCUUCGUCUUCAUCGGAACCUUCCGGCAGGCCUUCCGCAUGACGCAGCCCCAACAACGCAUGGUCUAUACGCUCAAAACGGCUGGGCGCGCCACCUUCCUCACCUCCUUCACGACCGCCGCUGCCUACGCCGCUAACGCCUUCUCCCAGAUCCCGGCAGUGCAGGAUUUCGGCCUGUUCAUGGCGCUGAUCGUCAGCUGCUGCUGGCUGUGGGUCUGCCUGAUGAUGCCUGCUGCUCUCGGCGUAUGGAGCCGCUGCCUGGAGUGCCGAGAGGGAGCCUGCUUGCCGCGGUGUUGCCCUCCCCAUGGGCAACCGACGGGCUACACCCCCUUGUCAGACCAGGAUGACGACGUUGCCCUCCUGUCAGUAGACAUGGAUUCGGGGUUCUUUGAUCCAGAGUCUGAUGUCCCCCUGGUGUCACUUCAGAUGACAUUUUCUCCCAACCCUAAACAUGGCGGAGCAGGCAUGGUGUGCUCUGGCCUGCAGGGGGCACUGCAGCGCUGGGUGGCCAAGCCUGUAGUGGAGAACCGCAGGGUCAUUAUAGCUCUAUACGUCCUGGUUCUGGUGGUGACCGCUGGGUUCUGCUGCCUGCUGAAGCCCGCCAGUCACGCCCCCCUGCUCUUCCGCCCCGACACCAACCUGCAGACGCUGCUGGGGUUGCGUAGCAACCUGAGCGCCCAGGGCAUUUCCUGCCACACCUGCUCGGGCCUCUUCAUGGAGAAGCCACACUCCCUGCGCAGUGCGGCCCGCACUGCGUGCCACACUGCGCCCAGCUCAGACCGCGAUGGGCACCUCUGGAACCCGGGCACUGCGGCGGGACACAUUACGGACAAACACAGUACCGCCAUCCACCAGACAGACAAGCUGUUCACCAUAUAUGUGUCGAAGCUGGAGGCGGAUACCACUGUCACGCUGUACCGCUUCUCCCUGAAUUCCAGCGUGCCAUCACCCUGGAAACCGCUCACCUCCGGACAGGGGGAGGUGCCCUCCUUUCAGGCCUUCAGUGGCCCCCACAGCAAUUUCAGCACGCGCAUGACGGUGUGCCUGGCCCACGCAGGCCGCCCCCGCUGGAUGAUCACAUCGCAGUCCUGCGACGCCGGCCGUGGCUGGGCGCCUGAGUUCAGCUUCUACGUGGCCUCGGCUGAGCAGAUGCACAGCAGAAAGCUGUAUUUUGCCCAGCUCAGACGCAGCCCUUACCCCAGCAGGGUGUGUGUGACCCCCCCCGGCUGCGUGAUCAGUGCUGGGCCUGACGGACCCACCAAGGGCUCCUUCUACACCCCCCUGGCUGCAGCUCCAGACCCCAAGCCAAUCAGCGCUUCAAAAACCUCAGGUUUCAACCCCUGCGGAGGGGGUGGAUGUGGGCGACCGGCAGUGCGCCCUCUGGUAGACACCGGUGCCAUGGUGUUCGUGGUCUUUGGAAUUCUGGGAGUGAACCGCACCCAGCGAGCCGACAACCACGUCAUUGGGGACAUGGGUAGUGUGGUCUACGACCCCGACUUUGACCUCUUCAAAGAGAUCGGGCACCUGUGCCAGCUCUGCAAGGAUAUCAGUGCCAAUGUGCGCCUAGUCAAGCCUGGAGGAGCCCAGUGCCUACCCUCAGGAAACAGCCUUUCUUCUCUCCUCCCCCUGCUUCAUCCAAACUGCCAAGGUCUGCCUCAACCCAACCUGUUGCCUGGGCAACUCUCCCAUGGGGCCGUGGGCAUGCAGGGGGGCACCGUGCGCUGGCUCUCCAUGGCCUUUGAAUCGACCACCUACAAGGGGAAGUCCUCCUUCCAGACGCAUUCGGAUUUCCUGCAGUGGGAGUCCUUCUUGCAGGAGCAGUUCAGCUCCCUCCCUGCAUCCUCCGCCUUGCGCCAUGGAUUCCAGACCUGUGAACACUGGAAGCAGAUCUUCAUGGAGAUUCUGGGUGUGGAGAGCGCCCUCUACAGUCUGCUGCUGUCCCUGGCCAUCUGCAUAGGCACUGUGUCGGUGUUUACUUCUCACCCUUUCCUCCUCCUGCCCAUCCUCCUCACUAUUCUGGGUGUCAUCUGCCUGGUGGUGGCGGUCAUGUACUGGCUUGGCUGGGAGAUGGGGGCAGUGGAGGCCAUCUCCCUCUCCAUCCUGGUGGGCUCCUCUGUCGACUACUGCCUACACCUGGUCGAGGGCUUCCUGCUGGCCGGAGAGACUGGCUCCCAGGCAGCCAAUCACCACAUGGGCACCACUGAACUGCGGCAGCACCACACCAUGCUCGCCGUGGACCAUGUCGGCGUGGCGAUCGUCUCCAGUGCGAUCACCACGGUGAUCUCCACGGUGCCCCUCUUCUUCUGUGUCAUCGUGCCUUUCGCCAAGUUCGGUCAGAUUGUGGCCAUCAACACGGCCGCCUCAAUUCUCUUCACCCUCACGGUCAGCGCCGCCCUGCUGGCUACCUUGGGGCCCGCUCGCUUCUCCAGGCCCUCUGGGGCCGUACUGAAGGCCAUCGUUGCUGUGGUCGUGGCGGGGGCAUUUGGGGCUGCACUUUGCUGGGUGGGGAGCCAAUUUUUGGGACCGAUUGCUUGGUACGCCACAUAGCCCUCUCCCUGGGGGGGGGCGGGGGGCCUCUAAUGAUUAUGGUGAAUGCUCUGAAGACGACUGCGUGGGUGUCUGAUGACUGUCUUUAUUCCCAUCAUGGUACAAUCAAGGCCUUCGGAAGAGCUGGCAGAAAUUAUUCGGUGGACUGAAAAGACGUUUUUUUUAAAAAACUAUAUAUAAAUUUGUUGUUUUGCUAGUUUCGUCAGUCUGAAGGAUAUUCCAAGAGCAAUGGACAAGAGGCAAGCUACUUUGAAUUCUGUGAAUUCAGUCUGUAGGGGUGAAAAAGUGACACGAACAGCUGGGUGUCGAACCAUUUACACGGACGCCGAGUGCUGACAGGGCUCCUCGAGCGCUCUUCCUACGGAUGCUGUAAGGCAGGGGUGUCCAGUCUUAUCCGCAAAGGGCCGGUGUUUGUGCGGGUUUUCAUUGCAACUCCCUAAUUAGGUCACUAAUUAGAGGCCCGAUUGGCUGAAGGUUCCUCACACCUGGGUUUGAACAGCUGACCUAAAGGUUGUCCCAAUAGCCUGCAUACACACCGCCCCUUUGUGGAUAAGAUUGGCCACCCUUGCUUUAAGGGGGUUGUAUUUUUACGGAGUGGAAAGUGGAAUGAGGGAGACAGCAUUUACCUGACAGACCAGCCCCCCCCCCCCCCCAACCCUUUAAUGUUGGUUGCAGUUGUGUGACAUUAAACAGCUUUGAAAGGGGAUGGGAGGUUGUGCUGGAUCGCAGACAGAUAAAUUCCAAAUAAUACAUCCAAUAGCGAGGUCCAGCACCCUGAUUUCUGGAAUGAAUGACACCCAUUUUAACGCGCUAGCAUUGUGAUGUCACAGCACCACUCUGUCACCACGGCGACCAGACCCAUACCAACCUUUCUGGAGUGGCACCCAUCCUUCUGAAGACGGUGCCGAAGACUCCCUUUCUGUGGCCCAGCUGCGAAUAGGAACAUGGAAAGGACACGGGCUACCACCUUCCGGCGUAUACCAUCACCCAGAUCUGGUCGGACCGCAAGAGCAUCAGGCCCCGUGUGAAACUGACAGCAAGCCCCUGAGAGCGUUACCUACAUGUGCAGAGAGCUAAACAGGGCAGCAUAGUCACAUAGUCUGUGUUUAGUGGUCAGUUAUGGGCAAAUAUAUGUGAAACUAGAUUUAAAAAAUGAUUAAAAAUAGUAUUUUGAACGAGUACAUUAUCGAUGUGUAUUUACAUCAUGUCUGACUGCUAAGACCUCUUUAAAAUGUUUGAUAUUAACGAUAAUUUUGAUUGAACACCUGAUCUUGAGAAGCACAUUGCAGUCUCCCGUUUUGUGAAGCCAAUCAUGCAUCUAGUUGCUCAGAUUUGAAGAAACGAGAUAAAACCAGGUCAAU